ACCGCGCUGGGCGCCUCCCCGUGGCGCUCGCGGCCGCAUUAGCGCGGAGAUCGAGAGACAAGAGAGGGAAGGGCGGCGGCUUGCCGGUUGAAGCCUUCUCCUCUUCCCCCUCCGUCGCCUCCUCCCUCUGCUCCUCUUCGGGAAACCAAUCCUCCUCCUGUAAAAGUAUGGGGACAUCGGCGGCGGAGCCCAAUGCUGCCCCCGCGCCGCCGGCGCCGGAGCCGGCUCGGCCGCGGCAGCGGCUGCCGGACUUCCAGCAGUCGGUGCGGCUCAAGUACGUGAAGCUGGGAUACCACUACCUCAUCUCCCACGGGAUGUACCUGCUGCUGUCGCCGCUCAUGGCGCUUGUCGCCGUGCAGCUCUCCACCGUCUCCCCGCGCGACCUCGCCGACCUGUGGGAGCAGCUCCGCUUCAACCUCCUCUCCGUGGUGGCCUGCUCCACCCUGCUCGUCUUCCUCUCCACCGUCUACUUCCUCACCCGCCCGCGCCCCGUGUACCUGCUCGACUUCGCCUGCUACAAGCCGGAGCCGGAGCGCAAGUGCACGCGCGAGACCUUCAUGCACUGCUCCAAGCUCACCGGCUCCUUCACCGACGAGAACCUCGAGUUCCAGCGCAAGAUCCUCGAGCGCUCCGGCCUCGGCGAGGACACCUACCUGCCCCCCGCCGUGCUCCGGGUGCCCCCCAACCCGUGCAUGGACGAGGCGCGCAAUGAGGCGCGCGCCGUCAUGUUCGGCGCCAUCGACCAGCUGCUCGAGAAGACUGGGGUCAGGCCCAAGGACAUUGGCGUUCUCGUGGUCAACUGCAGCUUGUUCAACCCGACGCCGUCGCUGUCAGCCAUGGUGGUGAACCAUUACAAGCUGAGGGGGAACAUUGUUAGCUACAACCUCGGCGGGAUGGGCUGCAGCGCCGGGCUGCUGUCCAUUGACCUCGCCAAGGAUCUGCUGCAGGUGCAUCCCAACUCGUACGCGUUGGUGAUCAGCAUGGAGAACAUCACCCUGAAUUGGUAUUUUGGGAACAACCGGUCCAUGCUCGUGUCCAAUUGCCUGUUCCGGAUGGGUGGUGCUGCCAUCUUGCUCUCGAACAAGAGGUCCGACAGGCGGAGGUCCAAGUACGAGCUGGUGCACACAGUGCGCACGCACAAGGGCGCCGAUGACAAGUGCUUUGGCUGUGUGACGCAGGAGGAGGAUGAGAUUGGCAAGAUCGGUGUGUCACUGUCCAAGGACCUCAUGGCGGUCGCCGGUGAUGCUCUCAAGACCAACAUCACCACUUUGGGGCCGCUGGUGCUCCCGUUGUCAGAGCAGCUUCUCUUCAUGGCCACAUUGGUUGCCAAGAAGGUGCUCAAGAUGAAGAUCAAGCCGUACAUCCCCGACUUCAAGCUGGCCUUCGAGCACUUCUGCAUCCACGCCGGCGGCCGUGCCGUGCUUGAUGAGCUGGAGAAGAACCUGGAACUUACUGACUGGCACAUGGAGCCAUCGAGGAUGACCCUGUACAGGUUUGGCAAUACGUCGAGCAGCUCGCUCUGGUAUGAGCUGGCGUACAGUGAGGCCAAGGGGAGGAUCAGGAAACGCGACAGGAUCUGGCAGAUCGCGUUCGGGUCCGGGUUCAAGUGCAACAGUGCCGUCUGGAAGGCACUCCGGACCGUGAACCCGACCAAGGAGAAGAGCCCCUGGAUGGAUGAGAUCGACAACUUCCCGGUGGAUGUCCCAAAGAUCUCAAAGGUUGGCAACGCAUGAAGAUACUAGUUGUUCCCAGGUGGCAAGUGGAGUUGGGUCAUUGUCAAGGGCUGGGCAGAGGUUUACGCUUCUGAUCCCAUCGUACGCACCGUCAGUUCUUGUUUUCAGUUGUAGCAUGGCAUCCGUGAGGGAACUUGGAGUAGAUGAUGAUUUGAUUAGGUAGAAAGGGUGUGAUUUCUUCACUAGGGCUGCCUGAAUGGCUUAAUGUCUGAUAUGUCCAAUUUAUUCAGAUUGGCGGAAUCAAUUGGUUUUGUCGCAUUCUUUGCUGCCUGA